CGAUCACUACCUAGAUCCGGUGCUGGUGGUGCUCAGACAUACCUACCAGAGGCGCAGUUUUGAUCUUCACAUGCACAGUAACUACCUAUCCAAGUAUCGUAUCUAGGUAGUUGGGCACCAGGUAGAUCGACAGCCAUGGCUAUCUUUCCCUUCCUCGCUGCUGCUCUCGGGCUACUACUAUCAACAACAGUCGCCGCGCAAGGCUGCCCUCCUCCUCUCGAGCCAUCGGCCCAGCUGAAAAUCAGAGACGGCUAUGCCGCACAAGUCAUAUUAAACGAGCUCAAGUCCCCGCGUGACAUUGUCUUCGAUACGGCGGGGAAUCUGCUUGUGGCCGAGCAAGCCGGGGGUGGGAUCAGGAGGGUCGUUUUGAGUGAGGAUGAGAGUGGUGAUAGUGUCUGCGUGGUUUCGAGCGCGCAGCUGAUUGACGAUGCUGAUUUAAACCACGGCCUCGCCCUGACCGCCGACGGCAAAACGCUCUUCGUAUCGAGCCUCCCCACCGUAGACGCCUACCCCUACGACGCCGCCGCGGGGACCGUCGGGACAAAAAGGACAGUCAUAACCAACAUGCGCAACGAAGGGCACAACACCCGCACGCUGCUCGCGCCCGUCACGGCCCCGGACGUGCUGCUCGUGUCGCGCGGCUCCGCUGGUAACAUCGAUAACGGGACUACGGAGCAGGCGUCUGGGAGGAGCAUGAUCAAGAUGUUUAGUGUUGCGGAGCUUUUGGGGGCGGGCGAGGCGGUGGAGUAUGCGGAGGCGGGAGAGGUGCUGGGGUGGGGGUUGCGGAACUCGGUGGGGGUUGGGGAGGAUGUGGCUACGGGGGGUAUUUGGUCCGUCGAAAACUCCGCCGACAACAUCGCGCGCGCCAACGUAGACCUCCACAACGACAACCCCGCCGACGAGCUGAACUACCACGGCGUCCUCGCCAGCACCUCAAACCCUCUCAAGGGCGCCAACUACGGCUACCCCGCGUGCUUCGCCGCGUGGCAAACCACCGACAUCCCGUCCAACGAAGCCGGGCUCAUCACAGUCGGUUCGCAGUUCGGCGGCGUGGAGGGAACCCCCUACGAGAACGUCACGGGGAGCACGGCGCCAGAGGAGGUGGAUGCGUUCUGUCGCGCGCAGAGGCAGGCGCCGAGGCUGGUGUUCCCGCCGCACAAUGCGCCGCUGGGCGUGAGGUUCGCGGGGGAUGGGAGCGCGGCGGUUGUGGCGUUGCAUGGGAGUUGGAACCGAGAACCGCCCGACGGAUACCGCCUCGGCAAGAUCCCGUUCGCGGACGGCCAGCCCGUGGCUAGUGUCUCUGACACCGCGGCCGUAGAGUACAUCUUGCAGAAUGAGAAUAUUACUAAGUGUCCUGCAGACUGCUUCCGGCCUGUAGGGCUCGCGUUUGAUAAGAAGGGGCGGUUGUUCAUGACGAGUGAUCAGACGGGCGAGUUGUAUGUUAUCACGGGGGUUUGA